CCAUAAAAAAAAAAGGCGGUUUAUUUUCAUUUUCGCGCACAAAGUGGUUAACCCGGCCCCACAGAACAGAGUCGUUUUCUCCAUCUUCUUCUCCUUCAUCAAGCUUCCCUCAAUUGCCUCAUCUUCUUCUCAAUCGCGUCUUCUGUUUCAAGUUACAAUAUCUAGCUUCAGAACCACUACAAACAAAAGGGAAAUGGGAACUACUAAUACAACCAAGCCUAACCUUGAUUCCACAUUCAAUGAACGCAAAGCAUUUGAUGAAACAAAAGCUGGUGUAAAAGGACUUGUUGAUGGAGGAGUUGAGAAGAUACCAAGUUUAUUCCAUCAUCAACCUGACAAAUAUGAGAUAGCCUACAACACAAGCCAUGUUAUUCCUGUCAUAGACCUUAAAGAUAUUGAUAACAAAGAUCCAAGUAUUCAUCAAGGGAUUGUUAGCAAAAUCAAGGAAGCAUGUGAAACUUGGGGGUUUUUUCAGGUUGUUAAUCAUGGAAUCCCUUUGAGUGUUCUUGAGGAGAUGAAGGAUGGUGUGAAGAGGUUUCAUGAGAUGGAGACAGAUGCUAAAAAGGAGUUUUAUACAAGAGAUUUGCAUGGAUCAUUUAUUUACAAAAGCAAUUUUGAUUUGUAUAGCUCACCAGCACUCAAUUGGAGGGAUACUUGUACUUGUUCCUUGGCUCCUGAUACUCCCAAACCAGAAGAUUUUCCUGUUGUAUGCAGAGAUAUACUACUAGAAUAUGGGAAACAGGUGAUGAAUCUAGGAACUUUGCUGUUUGAAUUGUUGUCACAAGCUUUAGGUUUGAAUCCAAACCAUCUAAAAGAUAUGGGUUGUGCCGAAGGGCUAAUUGCUCUUUGCCAUUAUUAUCCUCCUUGUCCUGAACCAGAAUUGACUGUGGGAACAACAAAGCAUUGUGACAAUGAUUUCCUCACAGUGCUUCUCCAAGACCAUAUUGGUGGCCUCCAAGUUCUUUAUGAAGAUAAAUGGAUUGAUAUAACACCUGUACCUGGAGCUCUCGUAGUUAAUGUUGGUGAUCUUUUGCAGCUUAUAACAAAUGAUAGAUUCAAGAGUGUUGAACAUAGAGUAGUUGCAAAUCAAGUUGGUCCAAGAAUAUCUGUUGCAUGCUUUUUCUCCACAGGCCUUAGGCCAUCGUCAAAGCUCUAUGGACCUAUGAAGGAACUAUUAUCAGAAAACAAUCCUCCCAAAUACAGAGAAACCACAGUUGCUGAUUUUGCAGCCUACUUUAAUGCAAAAGGACUAGAUGGUACUUCUGCUCUUACACAUUACAAGAUUCUUUGUCUACUCACUCUUCUAGUUACCAUAUCUAGCUACAGAACCACUACAAACAUAAGAAAAAUGGGAACCACAGGCACAACCAAGCCUAACCUUGAUUCUAUAUUGAGUGAACGCAAAGAAUUUGAUGAAACAAAAGCUGGUGUAAAAGGACUUGUUGAUGCAGGACUUAAGAAGAUACCAAGCUUAUUCCAUCAUCAACCUGACAAAUAUGAGAAAGCCAACAACAUGAGCCAUGCUAUUCCUGUCAUAGACCUUAAAGAUAUUGAUAAUAAAGAUCCAAGUAUUCACCAAGGGAUAGUUGACAAUAUCAAGGAAGCAUGUGAAACUUGGGGUUUUUUCCAAGUUGUUAAUCAUGGAAUCCCUUUGAGUGUUCUUGAGGAGUUGAAAGAUGGUGUCAAGAGGUUUUAUGAACAGGAUACAGAAGUCAAAAAAGAAUUGUAUACUAGAAAUAGCAAUAGAUCCUUUGUUUAUAAUAGUAAUUUUGAUAUUUAUAGCUCACCAGCACUCAAUUGGAGGGAUAGUUUUAUGUGUUACUUGGCUCCACCUGAUACUCUCAAACCACAAGAGUUUCCUGUGGUAUGCAGAGAUAUACUGUUACAAUAUGGGAAAUACAUGAUGAAUCUAGGGACUUUAUUAUUUGAAUUGUUGUCAGAAGCAUUAGGUUUGAAUCCAAACCAUUUGAAAGAUAUGGAUUGUGCUGAAGGGCUGAUUGCUCUUUGCCAUUACUACCCUCCUUGUCCUGAACCAGAAUUGACUGUAGGAACAACAAAGCAUUCUGAUAAUGAUUUCCUCACAGUGCUUCUACAAGACCAUGUUGGUGGUCUUCAAGUUCUGUAUGACGACAAAUGGAUUGAUAUAACACCUGUACCUGGAGCUCUCAUUGUUAAUGUCGGUGAUCUUCUGCAGCUUAUAACAAAUGACAGAUUCAAGAGUGUUGAACACAGAGUAGUUGCAAAUGAAGUUGGCCCAAGAAUAUCUGUGGCAUGCUUUUUCUGCACAGGUAUUAGGUCAUCCUCAAAGCUCUAUGGACCUAUAAAGGAACUAUUAUCAGAAGACAAUCCUCCUAAAUACAGAGAAACAACGGUUUCUGAUUAUGUAGCUUACUUUGAAAAAAAAGGACUAGAUGGUACUUCUGCUCUUACACAUUACAAGAUUUGACACCCAGGCAAUGUGGCAGAAAAAAGUAUUAGUUCAUAUAAAUAAUCGAACGACCAUGAUGACUUGGUUGUUGUGUAGUUGCGAAGUAUAAAUAAUUGAAUGAUCUUGGUGAAUGAACUAGAAAUAUGGUGUGGUUUCUAUUUCAUGCUAUGGAUGAAUUAAAAAGUAUAAACAUUCACUUAUUGAAAACAAAUGUCAUUUUUUCUGUCAUAGCCCUCCAGUUUUGAGAAA